AUGCGCUCCCGAUUCGCAGAAUAUGACACCGACGAAGACAGCCUCCCACAGGGGAUGACCCGCAUUGGGUAUGACGCUGAUACCGAAACAUACACAUAUAGAAGCGCGGACGGCAGCAUCUGGGAAGGAUCCCCUGGAAGCCGAUAUGGCAACCUUACGAGGGUCGGCCUACCGGCCCGGCAGCCCUCAGACGCUCAGCGGGUGACAACAGAAGGCCUCACACUCUCAUCCUCAACUCAAAAAGGUGACCCCGAGCAAGCCUCUGCAGCUCCAAAUGUGGAGGGAACCCCAACCGGCAGACGGAGAUCAGCAUCCAGAGUCAUUUUGCGAUGCGUGUCCAAGGUCACGUCCUCGCUCCGUCCGCGCUCCGACAGCCAGACCAGCAGCUCGACCGAGUCCUCGCCCGACACUUUGUCACCAGACGUGGAGGACUUCCUCUUCUCUCACGUCAGAGGACAGCAAGACCAAUCUGUACCGGAGAAAUGA